AUAUUUAAUUUGGUAUUGCUUUUGGCUUUUGUGGAAUUUAAAAUAAUGAGAUUUAUAUUCUAUCUUGUCUGGUUACUUUAGCAUGAGUCUGGUACCUCUCAAGGUUUAAUCCUCAUGUCAUCUUUGAGGAAUCAUUGAAUGGUUAAUCAACACUAUUGUCUCUGCUUUAAUAUUGCCCCAAAAACCAUUUUUUGUGUGCUGUUGUUAGAGUUGGACACAAUCCUGCUGAGCUAUUUGUAUUUUGGCAUGGGGCAGGUGCUUGACCAGUGCCUGCCUUCUGGGUGGUGUGCUGUGCAUUCCUCGCCUGGUAGGUGUGCUGGCAAGGGUGGCAUGAUGUAGAAAGCAAAGGACAAUGGUGUCUUUGAGAGGAAUUCUGUGAUAUUUCAGCCAUGUCUUUAGAUUACACAUAGACAUACUAAAUCAGGCUCAGACACAAAGGAAAUCAAGUAGAUCAAGGGUAUUUGUCUAUACGUAUAAGAAAGCAUUAGUUUUGUGGAUGAACUCCAAAUUAAGCUGCAGAUCAACCCUUGUGGCCAAAAUGCCCUUGUGUGCCCUGCAAGUUUGCGGGGCACCCUGAGGGGCAAGAGGUGCCCAUUGAGUGCAGCGAGUACAACAUCAAACCUUCCAAUCUUUUGAUCAUGAACCUGUGCUGGACAGAGAUCAAGCGCAAGUCCCACAAUAUCAGGGUGCGUCUGGAGGCAGUCUCAGACAACAGUGGGAAACUACAGCUGUCACUGCAGGAAAUCAUUGAAUGGCUAACAACUAAAGAUGAGGAGCUAUCAGAGCAGCUGCCUAUAGGGGGUGAUGUGGGGGCUGUGCAGCACCAGCGAGAAUUCCACCAGGCCUUUAUGGAGGAUGUGAAGUCUAGAGGGCCCUUCAUCUACUCAGUGCUGGAGUCAGCUCAGGCCUUCCUAGCUCAGCAUCCCUUCCAGGAGCCUGACGAGAUGCUGCCAGAUGGUAAAGAGUUGUCUCCAAGGCGCAGGAUGCAGAAUGUGAGCCGUUUAGUUUGGAAGCAAGCAAACGUAGCCAGUGACCUGUGGGAGAAGCUGACAGCACGUUGUGUAGAUCGUCACCGGCACAUGGAGAGGACACUAGAGCGGUUGCUGCAGAUGCAGGCAGCCGUGGAUGAAUUGGCCUGUGCCCUUGAGCAGGCUGAUGGUGUGAGGCAUGCUUGGGAGCCUGUGGGAGAUCUCUUCAUUGAUUCUCUGCAGGACCACAUUGAUGCAACAAAGCUGUUCAAGGAAGAACUGACUCAGGUCAAGGAAGGCAUGAAGCACAUCAAUGAAUUGGCCCACCAGCUAGCCAUUUCUGAUGUGCACUUGUCCAUGGAAAAUGCACAUGCACUUGAGCAACUUAACAGCAGGUGGAAGCUGCUGCAGGGUUCUAUAGAAGAACGCAUGAAGCAGUUGCAGGAUGCUCACAGAGACUUUGGUCCUGGAUCACAGCAUUUCCUCUCUAGUUCAGUGCAGAUACCUUGGGAGCGUGCUAUAUCUCCCAACAAAGUGCCGUACUACAUCAACCACCAGUCACAGACAACCUGCUGGGAUCACCCAAAAAUGACAGAAUUGUAUCAAGCACUGGCGGACCUGAACAACAUCAAGUUCUCAGCAUACCGGACGGCCAUGAAGCUACGGCAAGUGCAGAAAGCUCUAAGAUUGGACCUGCUGAAAUUGACCAGCAUAGCUGAAGUGUUCAGGGAGCAGGACUUACAACAUAGUGAACACAUGAUGGAUGUGGUGGAGGUGAUUCAUGCCCUUACUGCUCUGUAUGAGAGACUGGAGGAGGAGCAAUCAGUACUCAUCAAUAUCCCACUCUGCGUGGACAUGUGCCUCAACUGGUUGCUUAACGUCUAUGACAGUGGUCGGAAUGGAAAGAUGAGGGUACUCUCUGUCAAGAUGGGAAUAGUUAGCCUAUGCAACACAGAUAUCAAGGAGAAAUACAGAUACCUGUUUAGACAGGCAUGUGAGUCAAAUGGCCUGAUGGACCAGAAGCACCUCAGUUUGUUGCUGCAUGAAGCUAUCCAGAUUCCACGGCAGCUUGGUGAGGUGGCAGCCUUUGGUGGAAGUAAUGUUGAGCCCAGUGUUCGUAGCUGCUUCCGCAUGUCCCCGGGAAAGCCAUCAAUUGAAGUAAUUCACUUCAUGGAGUGGGUGAGUCUGGAGCCUCAAUCCAUGGUUUGGCUUCCUGUGCUGCACCGUGUGACCAUGGCUGAAUCUACCAAGCAUCAAGCUAGGUGCUACAUCUGUAAAGAAUGCCCCAUUAAGGGCUUCAGAUACCGCAGUCUGAAACAAUUCAAUGUGGAUAUCUGCCAGACGUGUUUCUUGACUGGGCGAACAACCAAAGGCAAAAAACUCCACUACCCCAUAAUGGAGUACUAUACCCUGACCACCUCAGGAGAGAGGAUGCGGGAUUUUGCGAAGACUCUAAAGAACAAGUUCCGAUCAAAACAGUACUUCACCAAGCACCCUCAGAGAGGGUACCUUCCUGUGCAAACGGUUCUGGAAGCAGUGAGCGGCGAGAUGUCAUGUUCUUCUCCCAGGCUACCACACGCGGACACACAUAGCAGGAUUGAGCACUUUGCCAGCAGGCUGGCAGAAAUGGAAAGCCAGAGCUUCUCUUUCUUCAAUGACAGCCUCUCUCCCGAUGAAAGUCUGGAUGAAGAUCAGUACAUCCUGCGUCAUUCCAGUCCUACUCUGGAACAUGACCGUCCACCUGAGCCACACCUCCUCUCCCACCUUGACUGCCAGAACAAAGAGGAACUGCAGCAAACACUGGCCCGUUUGGAAAGCGAGAACAGGGUACUACAGAAUGAAUAUCAGCGGCUUAAGUGGAAGCAUGAGGAGGCUGCAGCAGCAGCACCACAGCUGCUGGAGGGCAUUUCAGCCUUAGGCUUGCCACUUGGACAGCAGGAUGAGGAACUCCUGGCUGAGGCUCGAAUACUGAGGCAACAUAAAAGUCGCCUGGAGACACGCAUGCAGAUAUUGGAGGAUCACAACAAGCAAUUGGAGUCUCAGCUCCAUAGACUCCGAGAGCUACUGCUGCAGCCAAAAGAUGAAUCAGAGGCUAAUGGAUCAGCUCCCUCCUCUCUGUCAUCACCUUUGUCAGUGGUGCACCAGGGGGGGGCACUAAGCAAAGAGACCACAGACACUGAGGCUACAGGUGAAGAUUUGGAGCCAGAGCAAAACACAGUGCUACAGCUACAGCAGGUAAUCGAGCAGCUGAGGAAUGUUUUCCCAUCUGAACCAGGACAAUAAGGAGGCACACAGAUUACACAUCUCUCAGUUAAAUCUGGAUUGGGUCCAGAAUAUGCAAGAAUAUGCAAAGGUGAAAACAUAAAGAUUGACUCAGGGGAUUUGAAGGACACUUUCUGAUCUCUAAGAGAAGCUCACCGGAGAAGGCUAGGACAUUUCUGAGUGAUUCACUAAUGUUUUGUGGUGCCGUAGGCUAAUGCUUGAUCAGUACACUGUGGUAACCCUGUGGCAACUUAUUGAAGCGGCAAGUGUGUGUUUUUCUUGUCUUGAAGUGUGUGCUUGUGUGUUUGUAGUACAGAACAAUGACCUCACCAACAACAACACACAGAGAAGUAAGGCCUAUAUUUCUGUAGCUAGUACUUUGUCUUUUGUUUUAAGACAAAGAAAAUUUGUGUUUGCUUUUAUUAAUUGGUUAAUAUUUUUGCUUUUAUUUGUCUCUCUUUCAUUCUCACUCUGUUAUUACAUCCACCCAUUACUCUCCCUUCAUCACUGUCUGUCAUACAAACAUAUCAGUAAGGAUAUAAACAGCCAUGGCACAGCUCACUUUGGUUUUCUGGGUAAAGGGAAAGGUUAAUCUGUGAGGGUGAUUUUAAUAACUGUUGUGUGUUUUGCUUGAAAAAAGAUAGCCCUUGGCUGUGCCCUGCAGUUUAAGGGAGGCCUAGAACAGUGGUUCCCAACCUAGGGUGGCACUAACAAAGAGUGCUUAUGAAAUCAAAAUUUUAAAGAACCAUGUCACCAAAGACCAGUGUGGAUGAAAAUUUUUGAGGCAGCUGUGUGGCCCCCAGGUGGUAGAUAAAGAUAAUGCUUCUUAAAAAAAAACAUCAGACACAAUCUCCUUCACCAUUACCCUAUUGGGUAAGACAUCUCUGGUAGGCAUGCCUGUGCUCUUUGUUCAUCUACAAUUAAUGAGAGUGUUUUGAAACAGGCCAAUCUGUCAACUAAAAUGAACACCACUACUUAAUAAGACAUAUUAUCAGUGAUCGACACCAACUUUGAAUCCAACAUUCUAUCUAAUGAGCAUAUUGUGGCCUGCUGUGCUGAUGGGACAAUCUUUAUGAUGAGCAAAAACAAGGGGUUUACUAUCCAUUUGCCAAGACAAAUGUUAGAACACCACCUGCCAAACCCCUUCUGGAGGGAACCCUCACCAGAAUGCUGAGCACUUCCGGGUUCAUGCAGUUCACUUCCGGUUUGAUGGACGUCCUCACAAGAUGAAGUACUGCCAAUGUCUCAUCCUGUGUACCAAGCCUUAUUGAUUUUUACUUAGAUUUUUACUAUCUAUGACCUUGCCAUUUUUGCCCCACAUUUUUUGCUCAUUGGAUUCUGAUUUGGAUUAUUUUGCCCUGCUGAUUGCUUAUCUGUUUUUCUUGAAUAUUCUGCCUGUUUUGACCCUGCCUUUGCUCUUGUGUAUUGGACUGUUUGCUAGUAAAUAUGCUUAUGGAUUCACCAACUUCAUGUUCUUUAAUAAAAUACUUUGCCACCCAUGAAUCCAGCAGAUUUGUCACAGAUUCAGGUGACCACUGCACAUCAGGGGGAAGAUCUGGCUGCAAACGUGAAACAGCUCAUUGUGCUUCAGGCCACUCACCUGAUGAAGGCCAUACAAUCCACACCUGACAUCCCUUCACAAUGAUUCAAAUCAGCAAAUAUGGCAGAGGGGAAUAAUGGCUCUGCCAAACGAUGAAAGAGCUUCCUAAGCCAGUGCUAGAUUUUCUUUGCGCAUAUCAGAGAGGUGUUCGAAUGUCCUGUGGGGAAAGACAUCUUAAAACAUCUUCUGAGACUACAUCAGGGGAAAGACAGCAUAAUUGAUUAUGCCUUAAAUUAUGGAUACUGGCAACUCAGAGUCUGUGGAACAAGGUGGCACUAAGUGCAAUCUUCUGGGAGGGUCUCAGAUCCACGAAUCCAUGAAACUAAAGAAGGCGAAAGUGUCCACUGAAUAGCGCCUGCACCAGCAGCAGCUCUGCUACUACUGUGGGCAAUCAGAACAUGUCCUCCAUGCCAACACUCUGGCCCUCUCCCUAAUCCUUCUAGUCUUCUAGUUCCAGUUCACAUACACUAUGCAAAUAUGGUCCAUCGUCUCUGAUUGACUUGGGGACUGUCAUGAACCUUGUUCAACAAUGCCUGGUGGAAUACCUUUUCAUACCCACUGUGCCAUAUGUCCUGCCGCUGAGGAUCAUGGGGUAGAUGACCAACCCUACAUCUACAUCUACAUCACACAACAAAUUGCUCCAAUUAUACUCUAGGUCAGACUAUUCCACUGCAUAGAGUUCAUGUUCUAUGGUAUAUCUUCACUCACCAAUCACAUCAUUCUUGGAUUUCUUUGGUUAAACAUGCAUGACACACAAUUUGUCUUGGAGAGAUAAGGAACUCAAAUUUAGUAGUCCCCAUUCUGCCAACAGCACUGUCUAAAGGCAAGACUCAUGCUGUACCAUCUCUGAAGAAACUCUCUAACCACUCUGCCAUCAUCCUCAGGAAAAAUCACAACAUGGCUGAUGGUCUUCAGCAAGGAGAGGGCUAAUUAUUGGUUUUAUGUGAUAUUCCACCAAAGAGUAGAGAUGGACUCAAACAAGGUUUGUGCAGUCACCGAGUGGCCUACCCCUCCAGCAUAAAUCCCCCUCACAACUCUUACAUGUACAUGGGAAACUCUGUAUACUAACAUGGAUAGCAAGAAGCAUUCAACUCAAGAAGCAUUUAACUGACUCAGAGAUUUACCACAGCACCUAUACUUCACCACCCUAACCCUGACCUCCUGUCUGUGGUCUCCCUGUUAAGAAGCCCAUGAUCCAGUUGCAGAGGGAGGUCUUCAGGCACAGCAGGCUCAGUUUUUCGAUCAGAUGCUGAGGAAGGAUUGUGUCGAAUGCUGAACAGCAUUUGUAUGUGUGUGUCUCUUUUGUCCAUGUGGGUAAGGGCUAGAUGGAAGGUGAUGGCAAUGGCAUUGUCUGUGUUUUUUGUAAACAAAGCUAUUUAAAAUUAGAUUGAUAUUGUCAAUGUCUCUCUAACAAGUUUACAAGAUUCAAAAUGAAAAUUAUUGUGGAUUGAAGUGAGUCACUCCAAGCUGCAUGUCAUCCAACAGUUCAUACAGUUUCUAGGAUACAGUCUAUUAAUUAAGACAGCUGUGAAAUUUUCAAAUUAAAUGUGAAUUAAUCAUACAAAUCUUAUAAGCUUGAAAAUUAUUAGAACAUAUUUGCCUUUUGGUUCUUUGCCCAUAUGUUAAAUCAGAGAAACAUUUACAUAUUUUUUUAUUUUGAUAUGUUUAAGUAAAUAAUAGUUUAGCAUGAAAAAGAAAGUGAUUGAUACCAGAUGCUUUUACAUUAUGCAUGAGGACAUUAUAGAUCCCAUUUGUCAUAAGAGCAGUUUAGUUAGGUUGUCAGAUUUUGUGAGAGUGAAAAAUGUUACAAGAACACUAUAAAAAGAUAGACCCAAAUUAAGAGAGAUGGAUGGAACAGAUAGAACAGACAGAAGAAGAGAGAUAAUGAUCUCUGAAGUCAUGAUGUUAAGAUGCAGUGCCUACAGUAUAUCUUUACCUAUCCUUGGACAAAAAUCCCUCAUGGUUUUCAGUGCAUGUAUAUAAAUUUAAAUCCCAUUCCACCUUGAACAAGCCAGUUUAUUAAAAAAAAGCAUGGAUUUUUGCAUUUGACAAUGGAUAUUAUUUGUGUUAAAGUUGCUAGGGACCUGUCCUAUAAGACCUGCUAUUGCUGGUUACACUCUCAUCCAUUGUAAAGGAGAUGCAUAUAGUGUUGACAAAAGAAAAAGAGAACAAAUGAGAAGUUAUAUAGUGUGUUGUUAUCCCUGCCCAAACCACCGGAAACUGCUUACAGUAGCUGGCAUGGCUUUUAUAUUAAAAUCUGUGGCAUUUGAUUACAUGAUUAUCACAUUCAGAACACUAAAAGAUUAAAAAUGAAAACAUAAACAUUGUUUGUUGUUUCUUGUUUCUUUAUUCAUAAAACAUGAAAUAUUAAGGAAAAACAUAUGAAUGAAUGUUUAAAAUCCAUAAGUCAUUUCAUACCCUGAAGCAUACUGGCACAAGGACCAUCAUGCACUCACAGAUGGAGAAAAUCCUUAACAUCAUAAUCUUGCUAUGCAUUUACAGCAGAUCUUUCUGUCUAGCAUAUUCAGUAUGGUUUUUGCUUAAGUUCAUAUUUCUUCCAAUUAUACUUAUUUAAUUUGAUUUCAUAUAUGAAAGUUCUGGUAUAUUUACUAAUGAACAUGCAUUUUGUUGGAAAAAAUAUCUGCAGGUCUG